GCAUUUUUCCAUCUUUAAAGAGUGUUUGCAUGAAUGUUUGUAUGUGUGUGUGCCCUAUGCACAAUCUCCAGUAUUUUUGUUUGAACAAAUAUUAAAAUGAAAUGAGCUAUUUUAGGAGGUUGGCAGAGAAACAAACCCCACUGUAGAUAUUCCAAAGAAAGAUGUACUUCAUAGCCAUUUUUCAAUACUCAUUACAACUAAAUAUACAGAAUAACAAGGCACUUUAAUCACAAAUUUCAAAGAUAAUUUUGAAAUAAUUUUAUUUCUAUAUGAAUAUUCCACAAUGCAAAGUUGCUUUAGAAAAGGUGAUCGUGUUUUUUUUUUUUUAUUUUUAGGUUACAGACAUUGCCAUAUAUAUGCAUACUAGACAAUAUUGUGAUUUUUUUUCCCUCAAUCAUUUCUCAACAAGUGAAAACUACUUGAGGCAUAAAGCAUUCCAUAAAAUUGACUGCAUUUCUCAGGUGUUUAAAAUAAUUUUGUUUUAUUUUUAUUACUCCAUAUAUUUUUAUAUCAUUUAAGAAGUUUACUGGAAUUCAUUGAUGCUUUGAAGCUGUUUAAAUCUUAAACUUGUACUUAUCCAGUUUUUGUAAAAUGGUUUGCAACUAUCUUCUGAGUGGAAGAUUGUUAUCUAUAUAUUUUUAUUUUCAUUUCCUACUGGCACAUUACUAUAGAAUAUUUAGCUGGAAGAAUAUUUUGAGUUACUUAUGUGUGCAGUCUAUUUGGAAGUGUGGUAAAAGGUUUUUACAGAAUCUACUUAUGCUAGAAGGUAAAUUUCUUUACUACCUAAUAUAUACAAUAAUUAAAGCAGGGAAACAAAAAGUUGCAAAAUGAAUUUAAAAAACUUUUUUUUUUUUACAACUUUUCUACUAAAUUCAUCAUUGAUAUAUCCUCCAGGACACACCUGUCCCCAUACGUAUAAUUGGGGCAUUAGUUUAAGUAAUAUUUGACUGUGAGAUAGAAGUAAAAAAAAAAAAAAACUGAAGUGAUAACACACAAAAAAUCUUGAAGCAGAAUACCAUUUUGUUCUCUUGGAGGGGAAAUGUCACCUUGCCAGGUCUUGUUGUGUGUUUCGUUGCUGCUUCUCUGAUCUCCUAUAGCCUUUUAUUCUACCACAAAGAAUCACACCCUAAAGCAGUAUAGUAAUUAUAUAUCUUCUCUGACUCUUCUGACCAAGAAUUUGAGCUUUUUAACUACAUUAUUAACCAGAAGAUAUAUCAUAUGUCGUUUCUAAGUAUACUUUUCUAUGUUCCGUGAGACAGUAGUAUAAUUUUUUUCCAACUUUUCUGUUUCUACCAUAGCACUAGUGAGCGACUUUGAAUUGGAAUAAAUACAUGUUUAAAUAUACUUUUAAAAUAAUUCAUUCUCUCUCUUUUUCUUUCUCUAUUUCCACUGUCCUUUCCACUCUCUCUCUCUUCCAGAUUAUUAGUUUAUUAAAUGUCUUCACACCCCAGAAAACGCUGGAGGAGUUCCAAGAUGUUUACUUAGUAAUGGAACUGAUGGAUGCCAACUUAUGUCAGGUGAUUCAGAUGGAAUUAGACCAUGAGCGAAUGUCUUACCUGCUAUACCAAAUGUUGUGUGGCAUUAAGCACCUCCACUCUGCUGGAAUUAUACACAGGGAUCUAAAACCAAGUAACAUUGUAGUGAAGUCUGAUUGCACAUUGAAAAUCCUGGACUUUGGACUGGCCAGGACAGCAGGCACGAGCUUCAUGAUGACUCCGUAUGUGGUGACACGUUAUUACAGAGCCCCUGAAGUCAUCUUGGGAAUGGGCUACAAGGAGAACGUGGAUAUAUGGUCUGUGGGAUGCAUUAUGGGAGAAAUGGUUCGCCACAAAAUCCUCUUUCCAGGAAGGGACUAUAUUGACCAGUGGAAUAAGGUAAUUGAACAACUAGGAACACCAUGUCCAGAAUUCAUGAAGAAAUUGCAACCCACAGUAAGAAACUAUGUGGAGAAUCGGCCCAAGUAUGCGGGACUCACCUUCCCCAAGCUCUUUCCGGAUUCCCUCUUCCCCGCUGACUCUGAGCACAAUAAACUCAAAGCUAGCCAAGCCAGGGACUUGUUGUCAAAGAUGCUAGUGAUUGACCCAGCAAAAAGGAUAUCAGUGGAUGACGCCUUACAGCACCCCUACAUCAACGUCUGGUAUGACCCUGCUGAGGUGGAGGCGCCUCCACCUCAGAUAUAUGACAAACAGUUGGAUGAAAGAGAGCACACCAUCGAAGAAUGGAAAGAACUUAUCUACAAGGAAGUAAUGAAUUCAGAAGAAAAGACUAAAAAUGGAGUAUUAAAAGGACAGCCUUCUCCUUCAGCACAGGUGCAGCAGUGAACAGCAGCGAGAGUCUCCCUCCGUCCUCGUCCGUCAACGACAUCUCCUCCAUGUCCACCGACCAGACCCUGGCGUCCGACACUGACAGCAGCCUGGAGGCCUCGGCAGGACCCCUGGGUUGUUGCAGGUGACUAGCCGCCUGCCUGCGAAACCCAGCGUUCUUCAGGAGAUGACGUGAUGGAGCACACACACGCACACGCACACACUCACGCACACACGCAACACCGAGCAAACGGCAAGGGAGAGCAUCCAAGCCUAAAAUUGAAACCAGUCUUUCAGCCUGCUUCUUCCCCAGAGUCCUGUAUUGCAGCUAAGCUCAAACGCAUAUUUAACUUCUAGUUGCUCUUGCUUUGGUCUUCUCCCAACGGCGCUUACUACAGAGAGCAAACCAGACACAAUUAGGGAAGCCUUUUCCGUAAAGUGUAAUUCUAAUGGCUGCAAAACCAGCAACCUGUAACUGCCCUCUCGAAUGGCAUGACAAGGUGUGCAGUGGCCCCGUCCAGCAUGUGUGUGUCUCUAUCUUGCAUCUACCUGCUCCUGCGGCCUAGUCAGAUGGAUGUAGACACAGAUCCGCAUGCGUCUGUAUUCACACGGCACCACUUACUUAGAGAUGCUACUGUCAGUGUCCUCAGGGCUCUCCCGAGACACCGUGCACCCGGGUACCACCUGGUCCAUUUCAUGUGAUCUAUUACUCUGACAUAAACCCAUCUGUAAUAUAUUGCCAGUAUAUAAGCUGUUUAGUUUGUUAAUUGAUUAAGCUGUAUGUCUUAUAAGAAAACAUGUAAAGGGGGAAAACAUGGGGGGAGUGAGCUCUCUUGGGCCCUCGGAGAUGUAGCUUCCAAAUCUGAACUGAUUAAAUGGCACCUGUGUACCAAUCUGUA